ACGGAAAGGUUGGUGGUUGGAAUCCACCAGCUGCUCUGCAGCAGAAAAAUGUAGCAGUCUGCUCCUGUAAAGAUUACAGCUUUGGGAAUCCUAUGGGGGCAGUUCUACCCUGUCCUAUAGAGUCACUAUGAGUUGGAAUCAACUCGAUGGCAAUAGAUUUGGUUGUUUCAGUAUGUGCCAGGCACUGUAGGGAGCCUCUCUGUGGCAGAAAGCCUAGCUGGGAUGCCUCACAUGAAACAAAUAGUCACACCAAGAAUUAGAUGAUUGUAAGUUAUGAUUAGAACUAUGAAGGAAGAGUACAAAGUGCUAUGUGAAAGUUUAGUGGCAGAACUAAUUUAUACAGUGGGGGUCACAGAAGGCUUCUGAGCCAAUGACACUUAAACUGUGACCUGAAAGAUGGGAAGGUGAAAAGUGGACCAGGCAGAAAAAGCAACGUGUGCAAAGCCCCCAAGACAGGAAAGAGUUUGUUGAGAAACUGAAACACAGGUGGGUAGAGGGGUGAAGCCUAGUGGAAAAGAGGGAGAGUGCUGGGAGAACGUCAGGUGACAGGAUGACGGGGAACAAUAGAAAAGGCAUCUCUAGAAACGUUGGGCAUAGAAAAACAAUACAGAAAAUUAAUGCUUUAAUUUUACAGUGUACGUACAUCUGUUGCCUAAUUGAUCCCCACCAGAAGCCUAUGUGGCAGAGAGGGCAAGGAUAAUUCUUGUUAUUUCUAUCACUGUGAAUAAAAGCUCAGUCAGGGACAGUUACGCAGCUUUUGGUUCCAUAGUUCAGACCAGAGCGGCCAAUUUUGUGGGUUCUCUGGGAAGCCAAAAGGGAGCGGGGGGAUCAGGCAGAAGUGGCCUGCCGCUAUGCCGCGUGACUUGGGACAAGUUCCCCUAUCUGAAGAAGGAAGGCUUUGGACUACAUGUAGCAAUAAGUACUUCUUGGGUAAGUAGCCCUGGUGGUACAGAGCUCGGCUGCUAACUCAGAAGUCUGAGGUUUGAACUCACCCAGCGGCUCCAAGGUAGAAAAGAUCUGGAGAUCUACUCCCAUAAAGAUUUACAGCCUAUGAAACCCUAUGGGGCAGUUCUACUUUGUCCUAUAGGGUCGCUCUGAGUCGGAAUUGACUCCUUGGGGCACACAACAACUUCUUGGGUAUCCACCCACUCUGUGCCUGCUCUUCUAAGUAUCUGUCAAGACAGAAAGAGGGGCUUGCAUUUUAGAGAGUGAUUCUUAAAGUCACUUUCAUUUCGAUAGCUCUGUAAUUCUGCGAGUUACACAUCAAGAAACAAUUUGAGCAUUAUGGGGAUUUCUGACUUGUACCUAAACGUCCGUGGGAUUCGAAGGGUUAAUCAAAAUGAGAAACUACACCUCCCGGCAGACAUCGGGGCUGGGUCGUCCUUUCUUUUCCGCCAUGUCUCGGGAAGACCAAUGGCGGUUAAGUAUUUGAAUAAACCAAUAAUAUCGGGAAAUUGUUCAGGUUGAGGCGGGGCGGUAAAGUCAUCCAAUAACUUGGAAGAGGGGAACAUCCCAGCCAAUCCAGUGGCGUGGAGGGUGGGACCUGGUGUGAGGGCGGAGAAAGAGAUUUGCUGACUAAGAUGGCGACGGAGGCGCAGAGCGAAGGGGAGGUGCCGGUCCGAGAGCCAGGCCGGAGAGAUGCCGUCUGCAGUUUUGUUAUCUGCAAUGGCUCUUCCCUUCGAGGUCAGCCCGUUAUCUUCAACCCGGACUUCUUUGUGGAGAAGCUCCGACAUGAGAAACCUGAGGUGUUCACCGAGUUGGUGGUCAGCAAUAUCACAAGGCUGAUUGAUUUACCUGGAACUGAGUUGGCUCAGCUGAUGGGAGAAGUGGACCUAAAGUUGCCGGGUGGGGCUGGCCCAGCAUCAGGCUUCUUCCGGUCUCUAAUGUCUCUUAAACGAAAAGAAAAAGGAGUGGUGUUUGGAUCCCCACUGACAGAGGAAGGCAUUGCCCAGAUAUACCAACUGAUUGAAUAUCUACACAAAAACUUGCGAGUAGAGGGUUUAUUUCGAGUACCAGGGAAUAGUGUCCGGCAACAGAUUUUAAGGGAUGCUCUCAAUAAUGGAGCUGAUAUUGACUUGGAGUCAGGGGAGUUUCACUCAAAUGAUGUUGCCACCUUGUUGAAGAUGUUUCUAGGAGAGUUACCGGAGCCCCUGCUGACACAUAAACAUUUCCAUGCACACCUCAAAAUUGCUGAUUUGAUGCAGUUUGAUGAUAAAGGCAAUAAGACCAAUAUACCGGAUAAGGAGCGGCAAAUUGAGGCUCUUCAGUUGCUCUUCCUCAUUCUCCCUCCACCUAAUCGUAACUUGCUGAAGUUAUUGCUUGAUCUCCUGUACCAGACAGCAAAGAAACAAGACAAGAAUAAGAUGUCUGCCUAUAACCUUGCUCUUAUGUUUGCACCCCAUGUCCUGUGGCCAAAAAAUGUCACUGCAAAUGACCUUCAAGAGAACAUCACAAAGUUAAACAAUGGGAUGGCUUUUAUGAUUAAACACUCGCAGAAACUUUUUAAGGCUCCUGCUUACAUUCGGGAAUGUGCCAGGUUGCACUAUUUGGGCUCCAGAACUCAAGCAUCAAAGGAUGACCUUGAUUUGAUAACUUCAUGCCAUACCAAGUCCUUACAGCUGGAGACCCAACAGCGCACGGAAGAGGCACUGAAAGAGCUAUUCCAACAUGUCCACAAUAUGCCAGAGUCAGCAAAGAAGAAGCAGCUUAUUAGACAGUUUAAUAAGCACUCUGCGACCCAAACGCCAGGGCGAGAAUCUCCUAUUCCCCGAGUACAGAAGAGGACCCACUCCCGUUCCUUCAGCGGGCUUAUUAAGCGGAAGGUCCUGGGGAAUCAGCUGAUGUCAGAAAAGAAAAACAAGUACUCUACUCCAGAAUCUGUGGCCAUUGGUGAAUUGAAUAGAGUCAGCAAAGAAAAUGUGAACUCAUUAUUUUCUGGAUCUCCAGCUGUCAGGAUGACACCAACAAGAUUGAAAUGGUCUGAGGGGAAGAAAGAGGGGAAAAAAGGGUUCCUCUGAAGGAUCCAGAGUUGCCCUGUCCUCCACCCAGGAGUUUUCUCUUUAGUGGGCCAAGUGUCACUACCACUCACAGCGAUGCUUGGACUUGCAGCUUGCUUGCUGCAUUGUGAAUCGUGAAAGCCAGCUAACACCUGACUGAUACCUCUAAUCCUACUCACUGGAUGUUUGUAAACUGUGCCUUCUGAGCGAAUGCUAUGAACUUUUUUUUUUUUUUAAUAGGGGGAAACCACUAACCAGCCAGCCAGCUUA